CUUUAAUAAUCCAAUAGUUUUUUCACAAGAAUCGACAUUAUUCUUCUUUUCGUCUCUUAAUUUUUUCCGUAUGGUUUCCUCGUCCAGAAAUCCAUUGCCUGACAUUGACGAAAGUGAUAGUACAUCUGUAAGUGGAAGUGAAGGAGAGUCCAUAGCAUCUGCCAGUGGAGAAGAGGAACACGAACAGAGGCUUUUGUCUUUAUAUCAAACUCGAUCCUACAAAGAGUUGAUCUUACUCAAAAAGAGAUGGAAGUUGUCAAAGCAGAAACAAGAAGAAGAACGGCUCAAAUCUGUCAUUUGUACCAAAUGUGGUCUCCAGGGCCAUAAAGACGGUAGAUCCAAACUGUGCCCGGAGAACGCCAGAAACAAAAAGGGGAAUGAGAGCAAAAAGAGAAAGGGCAAACAAACGGCCGAAGAAAAAAGUAAAAAACAAGAGGCAAAGCGCCAGCGACUUAGUAAAACCAAGUGGUCAGGAACCCGAAAAUGCAGAUCAUGCGCAAAGUUCCGACCAGAAUUCCUUGCGCAAAACCCGCAUGGCUCAAAUAGUUCAAACCUCUGUCCGGACCACAAGCCUUCAAAAAAACAAAUCAUAGAAGCACAAUACGGUGGAAAGGCAGAAACGUUUAUCCGCAAAACGAAGCUCACAAUGAUCUUGAAGAGUGAACAUAGGCAAGUCUUGAAUGUCAUUCACCAAGUCGUCGACUUCAACCGCACUGUGGUCAUCAAGGCGUCGCUUUUUGUCAUAUACUAUUUGCAAAGAAAGCUCGCGUCGCAUCAAGUUUUGUCACCUGUCAUUUUCCAGCAAGUUUUUUUCUACUCAGUUUUUCAGUUGCUACUGACCGGAGACAUUUCGUCCAAGAAUGAACACCUUCCUAAGGAAGAGUUGAAAGAACAUACGAAGAAUACAUCACGCUCCUCCCCACCGGGAAGUAGGUCACAUUUCCCGGUGGCUCAAUGGCAGUGAGCAUGCUCGCCAUCACGGUUCGAAACAACAUUGU